AAAUAAUUUGAGCAGCAACAAUGAGGAAUGCACUGUGUUUUCUACUAGGACUGUUCGCUUUGAGUCAGAGCACUACAGUUCUCUUCAAACGAGCAGCUGGUGACGAGUUUGACCCUGAAGGAGAUGAUACCAACCGUGAUCCUGAUCAGUGCAAGGAUCUAAACUUCCACUGCAGCGACUGGAAAGAUGCAGGAUACUGUUGCACGUGUGAUGAGGGUGAUACCAACUGUAAAUACUGGGCUAGGGAGGGUUAUUGCACUGGUGACAACCAUCAGGAGUGGAUGAGUGAAAACUGCAAGAAAUCUUGUAACAGAUGUCCCCGCGAAGAGGAAGAAGAAGAGGAAGAAGAAAAGGAAGAAGAAACGGGAGAAAAGGAAGGAGAAAAGGAAGAAGAAAAUGAAGAAGAAAAGGAAGAGAGAAUAGAAGAGCCAGAAAAUCUUACCCUGGAAGACUGCUACGACAAGCCUCAAAAGAAGUGUAAGAAAAGAGCUAAGAAAGGACAUUGCACCAGGUCGUCCAAAGCGAAAUACAUGAAGAAAAACUGCAAGAAAUCUUGCAAAAUGUGUUAAACC